AUGUUGCGAGUCCCCUAUCAUGAGCCGGGCACUCUGUACUACCAUCUCUUCGAGCCCAACAGUGAAAUCAGUUUACAAGAUGGCAAAAGACCCACAAAUCCUCCCCUAACAUCUGUGGCGCGAGUCCUGUGUCUCUGUCUGAUGAGUUGUAGCGUAGAAGUCCGUGAUAAGGCCUGGCGAGAAAAGGCGAAAAAGGACCUGCCGACCUGGACAACAGGCUUUGAUACAACAUCUUCCGAAAUUCCGCAAUUUGAGCCGAACCAAAGUCCUACGGCUUCGCAACAUUCCCACAGCACGACCAUCAAGAGCGACUCCACAUCCUGCUCGUCGUACCAACCAUCCCAUUCUUCUGUUGGGUCUUCGCCUACAGAAAACCAUAGAAUGCCGACUCGGGCUUCGUCGCGGCGCCACCGUACCCCGGAUGCAGAUACCAAUACAGGCCCCAGGAGACAAAAGCGUCGAAUCAGCGAGAAUGCUGAGCCAUCGGGGCUCCAAGAGGACACUGAUUGUCGCGGGGAUGACACCAACAAAGAUACAGCUCAAUUUUGUACCCAGCGUUGCUUGCUUGGUCUGCAGCAUGGGAGAAGUCUGGACGAACAGUGUCCGAACGUAGCGCUGCACCGGCUAGGUGCAAAUGGCGACCAUCACCAGAUUCUUCCUGAAACGUUGGUCCGGAAAAUCGAGAAGCAGCUCAAUAAAGAAUUUGACCAUGGAUGCACGCCCAUCGGUGGCUGUGCGUCAACCGGCCCACUAUUUAAGAUUACAUCUUCGACACUUGGGUAUACUGUGGUUGGCAAAGGAGCCUCAGCUAAUCUUUGGAAAGAAAAGGUCUCUCAUGAAGCAGACAUUUACCGCAUACUUCACCAAGCGCAGGGAUCUGCAGUUCCUGUUGUUCUUGGAACAGUGGAUCUGAGAAUGACUUACUUUUCGCAUGAAGCCGAUAUUAACCACAUGCUCCUCAUGGCUUGGGCAGGAAAGCAGAUCGAUAAUUGCGAGGACAAGUCCUUCAAACGCGAAGUCAAAAGAUCUGAAAAGGAGAUCCGCUCUCUUGGAGUCAUACAUCAUAAAAUCCAGCGCCAGAACGCGUUGUGGAACCCCGAGCUACGCCGGGUGUUGAUUAUUGACUUUGAUUAUUCGCAACUCGAUUCACUUCCAAACGAAAAGCGGCAAUUCUUGAUGGGGAAGAAAAUCCGCGACCCCUACGGCCGAAAGCGACCAUCUUCAGUUCCACUCGAGUAA